GUGAGCUGUGAUUGGUCACAGCUCGUCACAUGGUACAAGGCUGUUGUGAAUAGUCUUGUACCCAGGGUCCACCCCUGCUCAUUCACAGAUUUCACUAGUAGUAAGCAAUGAUGUCAGGAAGUGACAUCUUGUUUACUACUAAUCAUGUGAUCACUGAUUGGCCAAUCAGUGAUCACAUGAAUUGGGACUUCACACAGAGGUGUCCCGUACAGCGAUCAGUGUUCACGAUGACAGCGGGCACUGAUCGUGGUGCCGCGUGCUCAGGG